UGGAGCGAACCCAUCAUAUCACCCUCUCAAUCCAAUAGUCCACCCCUAUUUGUCUUCCCUUCCUCUCCUUUUUCCUGGACUGAGCAAUAGAGGUUAAUUCUCUCUCUCUCUGGUUCUGAUUAUUAUUUCUUUCAAAUGAAACCCUCUCCGCCUUAGCCCAACCCUUGGUUGAAGAAAAAGAACGGUUGCAGCUACACGUAAGUCCAAUCCACUUUGAGUGGCUUUGAACUCAUGGCUGAAAAGAGCACUGUAAAGAAGGGUGGUGUUCCAGAGAAAAAAAGAAUGAAGACGAAAUCGAUCGCUGAGGCUGAGGACAGAAUAUCUCAACUACCUGAGGCAAUUAUUGUACAUAUUCUCUCAUUUCUACCUACUAUGAAUGUGGUUCAGACAUGUAUCCUCUCAAAACGUUGGAAAUUCAUAUGGUUUUCAGUCCCAAAACUCUUUUUCUCCGAUACUAGUACUACUGCUCCCAAAUUUCAAAGGUUCCAUAAUUAUGUUGAUAAUUGCUUGGAACACCGCAAGAGAGGUCUAUAUUUUAUUGCAGAUUCAGCUGUAACUAGUUUCAAGCUUCAGCUAAAAUGCUGUCUAAGAAGCAAGACUCGCAGCCUAGAUAAAUGGUUAAAUUUUGCAGUUCUCAAUAAGGUCAAGGAAUUGAGUGUUGACUUAAACCCAGGAAAAGGUAAGAAUUAUGGCUAUUACUACUACUGCUUACCUAGAAUAGUUGUCAACUUAAGAGCCUUGACCAUUUUGGAGUUGAGUGGAAUUGAGUUGGGUUACUCAUUUAGUUUUCCAUGUUUGAAAUUACUAUCAUUAAAAGAUGUUCGGCUUGCAGAUAAUGUGAAAAAUGAUGUGAUAUCCAAGUCUUUGUUGGAUUGCCUAUCCCUUGAGAAAUUGUUUUUAACUUCAUGUCAUAGCUUAAGUACUCAUCAUCCUCUCCAGGUAAAAAGUUCAAGUCUUAAGUUCAUGAAAAUUAGAUCUGAUGUAUCUCUUCAAGUUGAAGCCGAUAAUCUUGAAUCUUUAGUGAUAUACCGGGCUUCCUAUGGGGAAUUAAAUCUCUCUGCAUGUAAGGCAAUUAGAAAGCUCGUACUAUAUUGUUGUGAUUUUCGUAUGACAGACCAACUACCGGUUCAAGAUCUCAUUACAAGCCUCCCACUCCUUGAGGAAUUGACUUUUGAUAAUUCUUAUUGUAAGUGGCAGUUUGAGCAUCUUACAAUCUCGAAUCAACACUUGAAAAGCUUCAAGUUGAUUAAUGUGAACUGCGAGAGUAAAAUGAUCAAGGUUGUCACAAUUAAAGCAUCGCCAAAUUUAGUUUCAUUUGGUUAUGAAGGUUAUAUCAAUUGUAGCAUAUCAGUGGAGUCACCCAAUUCGUUGAAUGGAAAAUUUGUAUUUAAAGAUCAUCAUCACAACUAUGAUACAAAUUGGUUUAUCAGUAUGAUAGAUUUCUUUUUGAGUCUCAAUUGUUCUUGGAAUAGUUUAACACUGCACCUUUCUUCUGAUAAGGCUCUCAUCAUGCCAGAUAAUUGUAAAAGAAUAUGUUGUUCUGUUUUAUCUAAUUGGAAGCAUCUCAGAGUUAUUAUGGAUCGUUAUUCAAAGAAGAGGCAAUCAAACUUGAGAGAUGUGUUGAUGUGGAUAUCACCUUCUUUAGAAACAUUAUUUGUUAAUGGAGAGGACAUAUUCUAGUGGCUUUACAAUAUUAUCAUAACUAACGCUAUAUAAUUAGUCUGAUUGAGCUUGUAUAUACUAUAUUAGUAUCUUGUUACUAAUAAAAUUGGAUACUUUUAUUUUGCCCUUAUUCUAUUGUAUUCUGGAGGGUAAAGAUAUCCCUUUUGUCUAAUGUAUUUUGGUGGCUUCUUUGUUUUUUGAGACCCCUUGUUUUAAAUGAAGAUCCAAGUUAAUCACCUAAGACAAUGAAAAA